UUACGCCAUCACCGUUUUCGGUUUUCUCUGUUAUGUUAAAUAAGGGGUAUGACGCAAGCGCUUUAUCUUUAAAACGCUUGAAAAUAUGGAUUCUAGAAGCGCGUCUUUUGAUUUUGACAAGGCAAUAGAAUCGUGGACUGUUGAAAAAUUAAAAAAAGAACUGAUAUCCAGAGGAGCAACGACGAAAGGCAGAAAGGCAGACUUAAUAGAGAGGUUAAGAGCAUACGACAGAAACAGAAAUUUUGAAAGUGACCAAAUCUUGAUACCUACCCCCUUGGAAGUUUCAUGGCCUUCAAAAGGAUUCCAACAACUUACAGAGAUCCACAGAGAGGUUAUUCCACAACUCUGUUUGGAACAAAUUGUAUUUGUACACAGAUUGGCCGGUGACAAACAAUGUUCUGGGGACGUAAAGGCGAUUGAAAAAGGCCGAAACCUGGUGCAAAGUAGGCGAAUUCAAGCAGUUUCAUUUCUGUUUGAAGAAGGUGAUAUGUACCUGUCAGGUAUUGUUGGAGCAUCCAUGAAAAAUAAGGUAUCUUACACUUUCAAGUUAAAACUUGAUAAAGUUACUGGUGAUAUCCUCAACUCACACUGUGAGUGCCCUGCUGGCCGUGGACCUCAUGGUACCUGCAAACAUGUUGCAGCAGUUGCUCUCAUGCUCUCAAAGUUUGUGUCAGGAGAGGAGAUGUAUAUCGAAAAGUCCUGUACUGAAAACUUACAAGUCUUUCAUAAACCACGGUAUAGUUACAAUGGUUCACCAGUGAAAGCUGAAGAGCUGCCAAUGAAAAGAGGGCUGACAGAGGAUAUAUUUGAAGACCCCAGACCAGUGAAAUACAGGAACAGUACUGGAUUUCCAGAUAGAACCAGAAACUUAAUCUUUAACUACUGUUCUAUGACGUCAGAAAAUUUGACCUAUCGAUAUUUACAUUCCAAAGCAGAUAUACAGACAGCUACAUUAGAUCACGAUUACCUUGAGAAGCCUAUCACUGAGUACUGGAUAGACAGUGCUUUACAAGUUACAGAAAGAGAAGCAGCUGCUAUUGAAGAGAGAACAAGAGGCCAGUCAUCAUCAAAGUCUUGGUUUGAAGAGCGUAAAUGGCGGUUGACCUCCUCUAGAUUUGGCGACAUUUGUUUAGCCACUCAUAGGAGAAACAAGACUAAAUUAUGUCAGUCUCUUAUUAGUAGUUCAGCAGUUUCUUUUCGUCAUGAGGCCACCUCACAUGGUAGAGUUUAUGAAAACAAAGCUAUAAGUAGGUUUGAAACUAAAUCUGGCCUAAAAGUGAAGAGUUGUGGUUUGUUUGUAUGUGUAAAAAAGCCUUAUUUAGGUGCUUCACCUGAUGGUUUAGUAUCGGAUGAUUCUUUGAUUGAAGUCAAGUGUCCGUAUAGUGGUAGACAUGAAAAGAUAUUUCCUGGAAAGCAUUUUAGUUUCCUUGAAUGUAAUUCCAAGGAUGAGAUUGUUCUGAAACACAAUUCAAAGUAUUAUUUUCAAAUACAAGGUCAGCUGUAUAUUUCGAAGAGAAAGUACUGUUACUUUGUAGUUUUUACUUUUAAGGAUGUCUUUGUGCAGAAAAUUGAAAUCGACCAAGAAUAUUGUGAAGGAUCACUGUUACCAAAAUUAGAGUUGUUUUAUGUGCAGCACUUCCGACCUUUUUUAUCAUCUUUACUGUAA